AUGAGGUUCAGAGACUCAAGGGCUACCAGCCGACAUGAGCUUAACGCGUAUUUUGAUGAUCGUCGUGACCACUGUAUUGACGAGGGUAUAAAUGAUGGCAAUGCUUCGGAAUGUGUGAAGAAGCACAUCUGGAAAAGAUUGCUUCAAGUUGACCAGCUUAUCGCGUCCGGCAGGGGCGGUCGUCAAGCGUCUGUUGCGAAGACCUCGGUCGCUACCAAGAAGUCCGGUGUCAAAGGAACGGCUAAUAGACCCAAGAAGUUGAUGAAAUCCAUUGGAUACACCAGCGGUCGGUAUGUCAUGUUAUUAGACACACGUGAGAUUGGAGGCAUCAGGUCAAGCACUGACUUGGAGUCACUAUCCCAGACGGAGUCAUGGUGUGUACCCCAAUGGCUAGCCAUAGGAGAUAUGAUGUGGGCUUAUAGCUGCCAGCAGAUCUUCCGAUCGGAGUAUCUACAGGGGCCGAGCGUUGAAGAGAGACGUCUGCAACACGGGCGUGUGGAGCACGUCCAGAAAUACUUUCCUACUGGCGUAGUUAUCGAGCGCAAAACUUACAGAGAUCUAUCUGCUAGUAUUAGAGAUACCAGAUAUGAGGAUCAAAUUAAACGAUUGAAACUGUUUCGUGAAGGAGGUGAUAUUUUAACACCAAUUACAUUCGUGACCAGUGACGGGUCUGAAAAGGAUAUUGAAACCGGAUUUGUAAUAUUGCUUGUGGAAAAGAGCAAGUUAACAUGGACACACCCAGGACAAGAAAGACGGGGGGAUGGCGUUCACGAAGUAAGCAUAAAGGCACUAGAAACGGCAAUCCUAAAGUACCAAUUAAGAGACCAAUUUCUCGUCGUUUUGAGUCAAAGCACUAAGCAUACAGCCGACUUAUUACGCUGUCUCGAGAAGAAGACAAAACAGUCUUUUACCAUCCCGUGUUCUGUUGGAGAAUUCAGUAGUGGUGGUGAAGACAUGGUUGCAUUGAACCAGAAAUGGAGUCAAGAGGGCUUGGAGGAUGUUGUGGAUGAAGACUUGGAUAUUGUUGAGGAUCGGCAAAAUUCAGGGCAAGGAUUGGACGGGGUAAGGAGUGCGGUUCCACGGUUAAGUUUGAAUACGUCCUUGAAGGUUUACAAGAAGUCAGCACAUAUCUAUGUUGGUCAAGUAUAUAGAAAGCAGCUCCGCUUAGUAAGUCAUAAGAGUUAA